UGCAAACGCGCAACAACCUCGGGGUACCUCCUUGCGAAAUUGCCCUCCACGAUCCCAAGCUUUUCCCUCUCCUCUGUCUCCUUCCGACGAAGGCGCAGCAGCCGCAGCGACUCCUCACCCCAAACCAAACCAAUCCGCCGCCUCUCAAUCCCCAGCUCCCGCCGCCGCCGCCUUCUCUUCCUCCGGCGAUCGGCGCCGCCUCCAGUAUUCGCACCCCGAGUCCCGAAUCCUCCCUCCUUCGAUGGGGAGCGAUGCGGAGCCCGCCAAGGGGCUGCUGCCCUACCUGCAGCGCGCCGAUGAGCUGCAGAAGCACGAGCCCCUCGUCGCAUACUACUGUCGGCUCUUCGCGAUGGAGAGGGGGCUGAUGAUCCCGCAGAAGGAGCGCACCAAGACCACCAACUCCGUUCUCGUCUCCCUCAUGAACCAGCUGGAGAAGGACAAGAAAUCUUUGACUUUGGGGCCUGAUGAUCAUCUUCAUGUGGAGGGGUUUGCAUUGAAUGUCUUUGCUAAAGCUGAUAAACAGGACCGUGCUGGACGAGCUGACAUAAAUACUGCUAAAACCUUCUAUGCUGCGAGCAUCUUCUUUGAGAUUCUUAACCAGUUUGGCGAGCUUCAACCUGAUGUUGCGCAGAAGCAGAAAUAUGCCAUCUGGAAAGCAGCUGAAAUAAGGAAAGCUCUCAAAGAAGGACGGAAGCCUGAAGCUGGACCUCCUGGUGGGGAUAAAGAUGAAGCACAUGUCAGUACCACCACAAUUCCUCAUGAUAUGGGGCGAAGCCAGUCAUUCAGCAGCAGGCAGCAUGGCAGUGAAGCACCAUACCAACCUGUAGACAAGGAUUUUAGUAGGUGCGAUAGCUUUUCUGCUGUCCAGCCAGGAAAUAAUUUGCCUCGACAAAGUACAGAGUUCCAUGAUCAUUCCCCUGCCCAGUCACCUUAUUCACCCCCACCCCCACCCCCACAGUCCCAGCAUCCAUCUCCAUCACAAUCUCAUUCCUCUCCCUCAUACCACGGAACAGAUUACCCUUCUUCUGAUGUCCACAAACCACCACCAAAUUAUUCAUCUUCCCCGUACACAAGCACAGACUACCCUACCAAUGAGGUCCACAAACCACCAUCCAAUUAUUCCCCACCCCCUUACACAAGAACAGACUACACUUCCAAUGAUGGCUACAGUCCUCAUAGCAAUGAUAAACCAGAUGUUUCAGCUUAUCCUCAGACAUACCACCCCCCACCCUACACAAUUGAACCCCAACACAGCUCUCAAAACUACUACUCUAUGGAAACCCCACCUGCUCCAUACAACUACCCUAAUUUCCAGUCGUUUCCAAGCUUCCAGGACAGCACAUUACCUUCUGUGCCAACGCAUCAAUCACCAUUCUACCCUGCAGGUGAUGGUCCUGCCCCUACAUCAUACUCUCCUGCAUCGAAUCCCUCCGACCCAACACAAUACUCCAGUGCUGAUUCUGCGCAUCAAGUUACUACUCCAGCUGCACCACCAGCUAGCCAAUAUAAGUAUGAUAGCAGUUACCAGCCAGCAGCUGAGAAGAUCGCCGAGGCUCACAAGGCAGCAAGAUUUGCGGUCGGCGCUCUUGCAUUCGAUGAUGUGUCUGUUGCUGUGGAUCAUCUGAAGCGUGCUCUGGAUUUUCUGACGAACCCUUCCUGCUGAAACUCAUUAGAGCUUUCCUGUGGUCUUCUCAAAAGCAUGUUCUGUACAUAUACUACAUUUGUAUACUACCCCAUGGAAGUGUUACCAGGUUGCAUACAUACAAGAUACUGGGGUGGCCACACAAAUCUAGGAGAUAGCAAGGGCACCUUUCCGCGUGGACUUCCAAGCAGUGACACUGUUUGCAGGAAACCAGUUUCUUGUGUCAAAUUCAAUGAUUCAUUAUCAGAGUUUUGUUGUAAUAAGGCUGUGUAACCCAUUGUAUUUAUUUCACAUUCUUGAGGGCUGGUAUGGUAUUUUUUGGGUUUGUACUGAUUGCUGCAA